CGACAACUUUUCAACGCUCGCGGCUUGUUAAGGUACAAUCUACGCAUGAGGCCAAUCAGAAACCACCACGGCAGGCACCCGUCUGAUCUCUGAUGAAAAGGGUAAAGUGAAACAACAAACCUCAUGAGGCAUGUAUCUUCCACAAGAACAGUAAAAACCCGUCUUCUUUCACAAAAGUCGCACCAAAACUCGGUUUCCAUCAAAUCAGAAGAACAAAGUAAUCAUGACGUCUCCCGAAGCUCCUGUGCCUGAUGACCAACGUACACCCCCGCCACCAACUUUUGCCGGUCGUCUCAAGCUCGAAGACUUCAAGUUCGACGGUAAUGGCUCAGCAUCAGUAUCGCCAUCACCAGGCGGAAUUCGCAGAAGCGCCCGUCUGUCCUCGACAACCAAAGCGACACCCGUAAACACAGAUACAUCCUCCUCUUCGGCAUCUCCAUCACGCAAAGCCACUCAAACCCAAACCACCACCACCACCAUUACCACCACCUUGACAACAACAACAACAACAACAACCAAAGCCCGAUCAUCCAAACGAAAACUCAUAACCCACACCUCUAGAACUACUUCUUCAACCUUCCCAACCCCAUCCGACUCCGGAUUUUCCACUCCCACCUCCAAACGCCCCAAACCCCUCCCCAAAAAGAUCUACGACAACAUCCCCCAAACCCUCCCCGACGCCCUCUCUCCCAAUCUUCUUGUUCUAUUCAUCGGCCUCAACCCCGGCAUCUCCACCGCCAUCCAACAACACGCCUACGCGCACCCGACCAAUCUUUUCUGGCGCCUCUUGUUUUCGUCCGGGAUCACCCCCGUGUUAUGUGCACCUUUUGAAGACCGCUCCCUGCCCGAGCGGUUUUCGCUGGGGUUGACCAACAUCGUGGGGAGACCGACGCGAAAUGGCGGGGAAUUGACAAAGGGGGAGAUGGACGAGGGGGUGGCAGUGUUGGAACAAAAAGUGAGGGUGUGGAAGCCCGAAGCUGUGUGUGUGGUGGGAAAGGGGAUUUGGGAGAGUGUUUAUCGGGUGAGGCAGAGGCAGAGGCAGAGGCAGAGGCAUGGGAAAGCGGUGGGGUUGCUGCCGAAAGAUUGGAAGUAUGGGUGGCAGGAUGAGAGUGAGAAUAUGGGUGUGGGUGGUGAUAGUGGUGAUGAGGAGGAGGAGACAAACACGACAACAGCUGGUGGGUGGAAGGGAGCGAGGGUGUUUGUGGCUACGAGUACUAGUGGGUUGGCGGCCACGGUUGGGAGGGCGGAGAAGGAGAGGAUUUGGAGGGAGUUGGGGGAGUGGGUGGAGAGGAGGAGGGCAGAAAGGGAGAAAGAGAAGGGAGUGAAAGAGGAGGAUGAGGAUGAGGAUCAAGGUCAGGGUGGUGUACUGGGUGAGUAAUGUUCAUGGUGUGAGGGGGUUUACGUUUGCAUGUUUCUUAGCUGAUUGGAAAGUCUCGUAUAAAGUACUGGUUCAAGUAUCGAACAUUAAAUGGAGGUAUUUGAAUUGAAUAGAAAUCAAUGUCGCGCAAAACUUCGUCGCGCAUUAUUUAAGCGAAGAAUGGUCUCAUAUACUCCCUCUGCCCCUGCAUGUUCCCCGUGCUAGGCGAGCCUCACUCCGACUUCUCUUAACAUGCCCAUCAUUUCACACAUAGAUCAAUCCCACAUUCCCUCUUACCAAGCACAAUGCCCACCAUCAAUCCUCAGAUC